UAAUGAGCAUUAGAUUAUAAGACAUGAGGUUAUAUAUUGUAAAAGAUGAAUAACCUAUAAAAAUUGAAUUGAAAUAGUAAGAUGACAUACUCUUUAACCUAGUGACCAAAGCAGGUUUAUAUCUUAAAAUAGUUUAUAGAUCGAUCUCCAAUUAAUAUAUUGGUUCCAAUUAUUGAAGGCAAUUAGCCUAUCAGAAUAAAAGUAAAUGAUUACAAUGCUGAAAUCCUUCCAGACAAUCUUGAAAUGUAAUCAACAUAUAAAUUACUACUUCAAAAUGGGUAACUUAAUUAAGAACCUAUUUAACCCUCUGAUACUUUUGUAUUAUCAUUCAAAGUUCGAAGUGGUAAUACAAAUACUCAAGGAGUUACAGUUAAUUCUGGAUUAAAUGGAUCUACUCUUUCAACUUUAUAACUGUCCUAAUUAAGACAUAAGUUGAUUGAAUAAGGCAAAGGAACCUCAAUGUAUUAAUCUUCAUCUUCACUCAGGCAUAGUAUACCUGAAGUGUCCUUCUGCAAAGCUUAAAGGUAAAUAAUUUGAUUAUUUUAGAUUUGAUAAAGACUCAACUCUCAAAACUGAAUUUAAUUAUACUAUUCCAGGGACUCUUGGUACUUCUGGAAGAUCAACUGGUUUUGGAUAUGGUAAUAAAUAUAUAUGUCCUUUGUAUGUUGAAAGAAAUGCUGAAUAAAAUCCACCUCCUGAUGCUUAUUUCAAUUAAGAAACUAAAUAACCCUCUAAAUUUAGAAAAACUAAUUGGUCUCAAAGUGACAGAUUUAAAAUAUCACAUACUUUUUAAGGACCUAGUCCUAAUUCCUAUGAAGUCUCUUAAAUCAUUGGCUCUAAUAAGGUAAUUGUUCUAAUAAAUUUCGUUAAUUUUAGCCUGCCUGUACAAUUGGAGCUAGAAUCAAACCAUUAGCUACAUUCUAAGAAAAAGUUCCUGCCUCCAAUACUUAUGAAAUUAAAACCGAAAUCCUUGAACCUUCAAGAUUUAAUAAAAUUUCUCUUGGAUAUGGUAAUAAGUUAGAUUUCACCAAAAAUGAUAAAACUCCUGGACCAGGUGCUUAUGAAUAACCUUCAGUUUUUAAAAACAUGUCUAAUUCCAUUUUAAAUAAUGGAACAUUAAGAACAAAUGUAAUGAGAAAAUGA